UUCAAAACUACCAGUAAGAGAGUGUCUGUAGCAGGCCACUCCUCUCUUUUUAUUAGACUCCUUUCCUUAACUCUUGUCUUUCACCAUCAUGGCUUUCACUGGGAAAUAUGAGCUGGAGAGUCAAGAGAACUAUGAAGAGUUCCUGGAAGCAAUUGGGCUUCUCAAUGCCAAGACAGACCACAAAGUGGUAACAGAGGUUCUUCAGGAUGGGGACAGCGUCACCUGGACACAAACCAUCCCCAACUUCACCUGGUCCAAUAAGUUCACCAUUGGCCAGGAAUGUGAGCUGGCAACAAUGAUGGGCUCCAAAUUCAAGACCACUGUCACUAUGGAGGGUGGCAAGAUUUCAAUACAAUUUCCUCAGUACCUCUUCACAGCAGAGAUCGUUGAAGAUAAGCUGAUAAUGAAUUGCAUAACUCCAGGAGAGAAGGGUGUGACUUUCAAAAGAGUUAGCAAACGGAUCUAAUGCUGCGAGACUCAACAUGCACUUCACUGGAAAAGAGACUGCGGGAGGUUAAACACAUCAUGAAAAUGCUUCCCCCAGGUACUGAACCAAGGAGAAUAACUUGACCAUCUACAAUGAGGAGCAAGCAGUGUUUUCCUGUUGAUACUUUCAAUUUUAACUGGAAAAACUAGGCUAUGAUAUGUACUGUAUUUCUACAUGGAUGAAAUAGUUCACCUGUAGCAGUUUUCAUGCUUGAACAAAUAAAAAUGACAUUGAUAAAACA